AUGGCCAAGAUCAAGAAGAGGGGCGAGUCCGGUGCGGCGAAGAACUACAUCACCCGCAACCAGGCGCUGAAGAAGCUCCAGAUUACCCUGGCCGAGUUUCGUCGGCUGUGUAUUCUGAAGGGUAUCUUUCCCCGUCAGCCGCGGCACAUCAAGCGUGCGAACAAGGGGUCGACGGCCCCGACCACCUUUUACUAUGCCAAGGACAUCGCCUAUCUGCAGCAUGAGCCGGUGCUGCAAGCCUUCCGUGAGCACAAGGCGUUUGCUAAGAAGAUGAACCGUGCGAUUGCGCGUCGCGAGUGGUUCGCUGCGAAGAACCUCGACGACCACCGCCCGCAGUAUCGCCUGGACCAUAUUAUCAAGGAGCGGUACCCGACAUUUGUCGACUCGCUGCGCGAUUUGGAUGAUGCGAUCUCCAUGCUCUUCCUGUUUGCCAAUAUUCCGUCGCAGAAGAGCAUUGCGCCGGAGAUCACCACACACUGUGCGCGUCUGUGCACUGAGUGGCAGCUGUACGUGAUGCGCACGCGCUGCCUCAGCAAGGUGUUCCUUAGCAUCAAGGGCAUAUAUUUCCAAGCUGUCGUGCACGGCCAGGAGAUCACCUGGCUCGUGCCGUACAUGUUCACGCAGACCAUCCCCAGCGACGUCGACUUUCGCGUGAUGAUGACGUUCCUCGAGCUGUACCAGACGCUCAUGGGCUUCGUACUGUUCAAACUGUAUACUGACGAAAACCUCGUGUACCCCCCUAAGCUCGACGAGGAUAUGGACAAUCAGGGGGCAGGUUUUGGCUCGCUUGUCCUCAAGGCCGCCGAUGCUGAUGUGCUCUCUGGCAAGAACAACGAGAACGCGCCUCAGGUGGCCGAGGCGGCCUCGAAGAAUGCUAUUGUGCGCAAGGAUGGAAAGAAACUGUCGGCGCGCGAUGUCAAGCGGCAAAUUGCGCGUCUGGCCGAGACCGGCGCCGACGACGACGAGCUGCCCCCGCUCGACACGGCCGAGGACGGCGAGCCGGCCGAAGACGACAACGAUACCUUUGUGGCGCAGACCUCGAAGCACGCGGCCCAAGAAAACGCGAGCGCGGACGUGCUGACGACGCUGGGCGAUCUGCAACAGCAAGCGUCGGAGAACCCGGUGCCGACGCUAUUCACUCGCUACGUCUUCUAUAUCUCGCGCGAGGUCCCGCGCGCCGUGUUUGAAUUUAUUCUGCGCUCGUUUGGCGCACUCCCAGAUCAUAUCGGGUGGGACCCCGUGGCUGGAGCAGGAAGUCACAUCCGCGAAGACGACGCACGUAUCACGCACCACAUCCUCGACCGGCCCGUGACGGACGGCCAGCCACUCGAGCACGCUGGCCACCGUGUGUAUGUGCAGCCGCAGUGGGUGGUCGACUGUGUCAAUGCGCGCAAGCUCCUGCCGACGGACCCAUACCGACCGGGUCAGACACUGCCGCCCCACCUAAGUCCGUUUGUGGACGACCGGGAGGUGGCUCGGCAGGGCGGCUAUGUGCCGGCCGAGGCGCGCGCGGCCCUUGGAUUGGAGGAAGAGGCCGCGUACGAAGAGGACGAUGAAGACGAGGAGGAGGAAGAGACGCGCGAGGCGGACACGGCUGCUACGCCGUCGCGACCGGCGCUCGAAGCGCUCUUGGCCGACCCCCACGGUGCUGGCCUGCUCGAGGCGGCCGAGCUGGAAGCCGAGGCUGCUGGUGGCGAGGAUGCGCUGCUAGCCCUGCGUGAGGCGCAUGCAGCUGCGGUCAAGGCGGCCAAGAAGAAGAGCAAGAAGGCGGCCGUGCCCCCUGCGCUGUCCGAAGAGGCCGAGGCGCAGGAUAUGGCCAAGAUGCUCCUUUCGAACAAGCAGCGCAAGCUCUAUAACAGCCUGAACCGAGCCUCUGGAAAGAAGAAGGAAGACAAGAUGCGCCUGGAAGCCAAGAAGCGCAUGCUGUCGAAGAAGAAGACGAAGGCAGCUCCAUAG